AUGUUGGCAAAGGCAGAAGACGCAGAUAAGAUUGAUGAAUUUUUCACUACAUACCCAACACAUACCAUAGACAUUACAUUUACUGAAUACAAUAGUUACGACAAGGUUUUGAAGGUGCUUAUUAACAGCUGGGGAGAGCACAAGGCAAACAUUCAGAAACUACCAUACUCUUUAAGCUUACAGUUUGGUUCCAAAAAGGAUGAGUUAUGGCCAUACCUUGAUAUCAAGCUUAACCCGAGUGUCAUCUUCAUCCAUAACCUUACCGUAGCUUCAAUAGCAACAGACAUGGCAUACACUCUUGGUUCAUUGGCUAAUUCUUACAAAGGAAAGCUCCUGUUAGUAGCACAAGCCAAGGAUAUCCCUUACUUCAGUAUAAGACGGAGAGCAGAUAAACUUGUACCUAAGACAGAUGAGAAGGGCAAAGUGAGAGAUGAUAAGAACCUUGAGAGGGGCUGUUGUAUUUUGAGGCUCUUUGACCCCUCCGGCCCAAGGACGGGGCGCCCUUGCAAUCCCCAUGCGUGGUCUGUUAGCACACUGCAGCGCCGACAGUGCGGUAAGAGUCGGAAGGGUUUGCAUUAUACUGCCGAGUCACACUUUAUUUGCCUGGAUUCGCACCCUUUCGCCGAUACUACCGAAUACUAUCGCCACGCCUUCUCACCGUUGUAUAC